AUGGCUCAACGGCUCACUCUGCGCACGCGUAACCCUUACAACACCAAGUCUAACCGCCGACGGGUUAUCAAGACACCGAGCGGCAAGCUGCGCUACCUGCACUUGAAGAAGCUUACUGCUUCGCCCAAGUGCGGUGACUGUCACGAGGCCCUCGCUGGCAUCAAGACACUCCGCCCCUGCGCUUACGCCACUGUCUCCAAGCGCAAAAAGACUGUUCAGCGUGCUUACGGUGGUAGCCGCUGCGCUGACUGUGUCCGCACUCGUGUUAUCCGUUCUUUCUUGGUCGAGGAGUCCAAGAUUGUCAAGAACGUUAUUAAGUCGCAACAGACCCAGGCUUAA